CAAUAUUGCGAUUAUUUAAUUUUAAAUGAUAUAGUGAUCUUUUUAGCCACUUGUCGGCAAGCAAACAGAUGAAAUAACUUCAGACAAGUUGCUCUGAAAUAAUUAAGAGGGGGUUCCGGUCUUUUGUUGAUAUUUAUGAACGCGUAUUUCUACUAUGCACAGCAGCAGUUGGAAUAAGUUAAUUAAAAAUAACGAGAGCUACAGAUAUGAGCUUAAAGCCAGCAACGAGAAGAAACACUGCACAGUUGGGCUUAGUUUCACGCAAAUCGCCUUUGAUCAUAAUGAAGAAUACUUGAUAGCAAUAGACACCAAAGGAUACCUGCAUUGUAUCGAAUUGUCCAAAGAUGCUCCAUAUUAUAAAAAAUUAAGAAAAGUCGGGCGAGCCACCUUUCUCGCAUUUAAUACUUUCUGCAAAGCAGAAAUAUUGAUAGGACUCGACACGGGUAGCAUAAAGAUUUUCAAGCUUCAUGAUGAUGACAAGUUCCAUGUACUGUCUGGUCAUAAAUCAACACCGGUGCAUGUCUCCUUUUACAGAGAUUAUUGUGUGACAAAUUCUCGAAAUGAGGUGAUAAUAUGGCAUCUGCAAUCCUGUAGCAAAGCUCAUCAACUAAAAGUCAGUGCGAGAAACGUCAUAAUCAAGAAAGCUGUUUUCUCGAAUAUGGGCCAUAUAGUUGUGUUGUAUCAUAAUGACACUAUGCAGGCUUGGAAUUUUGAGCAACUGGAUAAGGACACCAAGAUUGACACAAAGAUAUUUGGAAUUCGUUGCAUUCGGGAUUUUGUCUUCACAAAAGAUGGGAGAGCCAUGAUAAUGGCAAGUACAGGAAACAUAAGCAUUCUCAAUACAUAUAAUUGGAGUUUGUUGAAGAAACUAUGUCUACCUGAAAACAUUGCAGAGAUAAGACAAUUGUCUAUCGUUCCAUAUCUGCUGGAUGGCGGAGCAAAUAAAAUCGUUGCACUGCUGUCUAAGAAAUGUGUUCUUUAUUUUUGUGACAUAAAUGCAUCAAGCUUUCUCGAGACUUCUGUGCCCCUUGAGGGAAUCAAAAAGUUCAUAGUUUCAUUUGCCGGCAGAUAUAUAGCAUAUGUAGAUCAAGAAGGAUGUUUGAAUAUAACACAUGUGGACAAAAUAAUUUCUAAAAAAUGUCAUCAGCCAAAAAAGUUAUUAGACCCAUGCAGAUUACGUGCACACAAGAUAAGUGAUCAUUUGACAUGCGUUAGACAAAGUAUGGAGAAAGAAUUGGAUAUGAAACGACUGAUGCCUAUUCUGAGAGAAUUCGGUGAAUAUCCAGAGAAGUAUCGCAUGUUAAUUUGGUCAACUGUUUUAAAACUACCCGUUAAUAAAAAUGCGUAUACUGCCUUGAUGAAUAAGGUGACACAUGGAGAAUCUAUUUUGGAUAUUUUGAAAAAGCAUCCCUUGAUGGAUAGAAACAAGGCUUCACUGUUAGCCAUGACAAUGAAUUGCUUGUUACAAUGGUGUCCUCUGCUCGUACAAAGCCAGUUUCUUCCCAGCUUUAUUUUUCCAUUUAUUGUGGUGUUUCAGAAAGAUCCUUUGCUUGCUUUUGAGCUAAUUUUAAACAUCCUGCUAAACUAUUGCCAGAAAUGGUUCGAGUAUCAUCCUUUGCUACCGUUGAACAUUUUGGGAAUCAUCGAGAAUAUUCUUCUAGAAGCAGACCCUGUACUACUUAAUACCUUUUGCGACCACAAAAUCACGAGCAGCGAUUACGCAUGGCCAUUGCUGCAAACUGCAAUGAGCGAAGUGUUAUCGGGAGACGAGUGGCUGAUCUUGUGGGAUCAUCUGAUUUCUCUUCAAAAGCCUUCCCUUCUAUUGAUGUGCGUUGCUGCUUAUAACAUUUAUUCGAGAGAAAAUAUUAUCUCCUUAAUAAAGUCAUCCGGAGAUAUCCAAGCAUUUUAUAGUACUCAAAGUCACAUCAGAGCCAAGGAUUUGUUAAAGAUUGCAAAAAGAUUGGAUCAGGAAAUACCAGAACGAAUGCAUCCUAAUCGUUAUCUGAGAGACAAAUUAUUACAACUGAAUCAUACUGGACCUUAUCCUUCGUUUAUAUUAAAAGAGUAUCCAAAAUUUCUUAUCGAUAAUUCCAACAAUUUUGCAAACUUGAAAAUGCAAGAGUGUAAUCAUUACACUGCAGAUCUUGCUGAAAGAAGAAGAUUACAUGAGGAGAAUAAAGCUUUUUUAAAGCAAAUUCAUGAAGCAAGACAGAAUGAGGUACAAAAAUGCUUUCGGGAGCAUAUUAGUAAUCAUUUGUAUAAAAGUUCUAAAGAUUCACAAUUAGGAAGAGUUCAAGAAUGUGGAAAGUGCAAGGAACAUGGAAUCUCAAAUUUUGAAAAUGCUAAAUCAAGAAAUUACGAAAAAUUGCAGCGGGAUAUAAAAAAACUCGAAUAUGAAGUGCAAAGUUUCUUAGAUGCACUGAGACCUUGUAGAUCAAAAGUGGAUGUUAGUUAGGACAUAUUUUUAUAAUAUAAAAGUCGAUAUCAUUAAAAAUUUGGACAAAAUAGAAUAACGUUUUAACUUAAUCAUUACGCAAUUGGAAUGCUAUUACUUUUUAUUGUAAUUUUUAAAAAAUUUUACGUGCAAAUUCUUAUAAAUAACUAUUGCAUCUUUAUAUUGU